GGCAGGCUAUUUCAGUCGCGAUGUUGUAUUUCUGGUGUUUAUUUGUUUCCUUCUCAGUACCUGAUAGGGCACAUUGUGUAUUUAGCUCAUGAUCAGAAAUUUGCUCUGUGUGAGUGGGAUGGUGUAAUCAGUAGCACAGUCGUUAGGAGAGGUUUAGAUCAUGUGUGCUGUGUCUGUUGUUGCUUUUGCAUUGAGAAAAUUGUCCGCAUGCACUUAAGUUUCUUUCAUGGAAACUUCCUGACCAGCUAAUUCAUUCCAUCAACGAAGACACAUCAAAGUGACCAUUUUGUGUUCAGCUUUUGCAGCGCAUCAACCAUGAGACUAACAGGACCACUGCGUGUUGUUGCUGUUGUACUCCUUGUGGGUUUGACUUGGCUUCUUGCAAGUUCUGUUAUUGGAGGAGAUGGAAGCUCUGUGUUGAACAUGCUGUUUACUGGUGGAAAAGAGGAUAUCACUGAAGAACCAAGACUACGCAAGUACAAGUGUGGCCUUUCAGCCCCAUGUCCUCCCAAGCAUCUUGCAUUCCGCUUGGUUUCAGGAGCUGCAAAUGUUAUCGGUCCUAAGAUCUGUCUGGAGGAUAUAAUGCUCAUGAGCAGCAUCAAGAACAAUGUUGGCCGAGGAUUGAAUGUCGCUUUAGUAAAUGGUGUUAGUGGAGAGGUUUUAGAAACAAAAUUUUUUGACAUGUGGGAAGGAGAUGUGAAUAAUCUGCUCAAGUUUCUGCGACCUCUUCAUGAAGGAACUCUGGUGUUUGUGGCAUCAUAUGAUGAUCCGGCCACUAAGAUGAAUGACGAAACAAGGCGACUGUUUGAAGAACUGGGCAGCACAGCAAUAAAAGAACUUGCAUUCAGAGACAGCUGGGUGUUUGUGGGAGCCAAAGGAAUAGAAAACAAAAGCCCAUUUGAGCAGCGGAUGAAGAACAUCAAAAGCAGUAAUAAAUAUGAGGGUUGGCCUGAAUCUUUGGAAAUGGAUGGCUGCAUUCCCCUACGUGCUCCACUGGAAAGCUAAUCCUUCUGAGAUGUUGAAUGUCGUCCAAAGAAAUGCCUUAAGAAGCUCCACCAAUGACCAAACAGUCUGAGUUACAGAGAUUAUGAACUCUUAAAAUGACUUAACUUGCUUCCUUUUGACUAAAAACUUCCAGUUGUAAAAAUGGCCACAAAUUAACAUGUGGUUGUGUCACUGAAGAAACAAAAGGUGGUUCAUAGAACUGAAGAGUAAAUAUGUGAAAUCAGUGAUGUAUGAAAUCAAAUGUUACAAAUGUAUAAUUAACAUCUCCAUAACAAGAACCAGUGGUUAUUGAUGCGCAUAGAUAAUAGAUAACUUACUCUCACUGGUUACUCUCAAGGUUUGAUGAGGAGAAUCAAGGUUUGAUGUGUUGUGCAUUCUGUUCAUUGUGGUUGUGAAAAUAGUUGAUGUACCAUAGCCUUCCUGUCAGCUCCAUCACUUUUGACCUUAUUUAUUAACAAGACGUUCCUUUCUGCAGAACUGCCACUCACUGGAUGACCUUCUGUUUUCCCACAUGGACCAUUCUGUAAAGUCUGUUGUGUAUAGAAUUUCUAGAUCAUCAGCAUGUACUGAUGCACUUUCCAGCCCUUCUGAGACCAACAAUCACACCACUUUUAAAGUCACCCUGGUCAUGUUGUUUCUUUAUUCUGAGUUUGAUAAGAACUAAAGCUUUUUAACUUUGUCUGUUUGAGUUUUAUGUACUGUGCUGCUGCCACAUGAUGGGUUAAUUGGAUAAAUACAUCAAUGUGGAGAUGUGCAGGUGUUUCUAAUAAAGUGGCUGUCAAGUUUCAUUCCUACCAUUCUGAGAAAUUUUAGCUUUUCACAGAAA